GCCUUUUUCUGUGUUCCGUCGGCACUGCCACCGAGGAACGGCACGAAGGCCGCGCAAGCCCGCCCGCCGUCACGGAGUCUUGUCCGACCACGCUUCUGCAAAUGAUGAUCCCGAUCGUAACCAGGCGGGUUCGGAUUAGUCACGACCUUAGCCCUCUUCGCGCGCUCGAAGAGUGAGAUCCCGACAAGCGCGAUGGAGUCCCCAACGUACUGGGCGGCAGUGCACUCCUCGCCGAAGGCGACCACAGAGAACAGCACGAAUCCUACAUUCCGCGCGUUCACCAACACCUUCAUGGCCAGCCCACCGACCAGCUUAGUGAGCCAGAAGCCAGCGAAAGAGACAAUGCCUCCGAGGACGAAGGAGGAGGCCAGCGCCAGCAACAGUCUGGGAGUCCACUCCGUGGAUCCUAGCAUGGUCGGCAGCUCAAGCGCCGCCGACAGCGCGAAGCCAAUGGCCGUCAUGACGGGGCUGCACCAGUAGAUAGAAUCGAAGAAGGCCAGCCUCUCGAUAGAAACCUGCGAGAGAACCGAUUUGAUGGCCUCUGACGAACUGGCCAGCAGCAUAAUGAAUACGCCGUAGGCAAAUGUCCCAAGGCCUUGGCUACCACCUGCUGUCCCACCGUAGCCCACCGAGCAGGAGAUGCCAACGACAAUGGUACACACGGCUGUCGCCAAGAGCGCGCUGGGCUCCUCCGUUCCCAUCAGCCAGCCGAUCACCAUCACCUCCACCAGCGUGACAGACUUGAGAAUCUGCACCAGAGGCACCGGAAUGUACAUGUACGCGGAAGUCCCCAAGAACAUGCUCGCAUUGGAGGCGAUGCUCAGAGGCACCGCGACCUUCAGGAUCGCCCCACGAGUCGUGCUCAUCGGCCUGCUGGGCCAGCAGCCGGCACGCGCGGCGGUCUGCGAGGCCAGAGCGAGGCACAGGUUGCCGAGAUUGCAAAUGAAUAUUGGAAAGCGGAAUGCAGCUUCGUCAUGAUGUGCUUGUUCACCAUGAUAAUGCCAGGCCCGCAGCCGAAAAAAAGCCCGCACGCCAGCGUCAGCUCUCCCAGCCUCUGCAACUGCCUAUGGGCUGCCCCGCCGCCUGCACAGCCAACGCUGUCGGACCGGCUGGCCCGCAGCCUCACCUCGCUUCCCUCUUCGAAGAACCACGCUCUGCCCACCUGCUCGUAGGCGAUACCGCCGAGCACGAGCACGGGGAGCAGCUGCACGGCCACUCGCGGCUCGACGGGCGCCACGUCGGGUCGGGGCAGCGAGGUCAGCAUCGCGUCCGACGCCAUGGCGCCCCACCCGUCGAGGCCCGACUCGAGGCCCGGGUGGCGCGCCGGCCCCGCGCGGCCCGACCCGCCGCUUGCCCCGAGUCGCUACUCGCUGGUGCGAACCGCCUCCACCUCGAGGGCCAGAACCGGGGAUGGACAGACCCCCCUUUAGUAACACGUGGUUUAGUGAAAACGACCUGAGGCCCAAACCUGGCGGGCGCAAGCCUGGAAAACAACGGCCACGGCGCCCUCUCGAGAGCCGAAAACGGACAAUUCACUAAUCGACGUGUCACUGUUGGGGAUUCUGUCCACCCCCGACAGAACCUGGAGGUCUGGAGACAUGGGCACCUCCGGGCCCGACGACGGACCCCGCGUGCCUAAGUCCAGGAAAAGAACCCGCCGGAAUACAAAGGCCACAUCCUCGGAUCGCUGGGCCUCUCGGUCGUCGCCGUCGUUUGCACUCCGCGGUCCCAGAGGUCCCGCCCUUCCCCCCGAACAGGUAUGUCGCCCUCGAGCCGUUUUCGUCGAUGGUCCCGGGCGCGACGACG